UCUAUCUUCAGUCGUUCGAAGAUCUCCAUAUGUAAAUGGAUGGAAUUCAUGUACAGAUUUUCUCAGGGUCUACGCCUGCGGCAGAUAGACAUGAUGGAGGACACCAUUGCAGGCAGUUCAACUACUUUAAGUAAAAUGGCAAAAAGAAUAAGGAACGUCUGUGUCACUGCAGUAGAAAGAAUGAGAAGGCGUACAGGCCAGCAGAUUGGUGGAAGAAGGGAGUUCGUUGUAAUUGAUGAGAGCCAUUUUCGGCACAAAAGAAAGUAUGGGAGAGGAAGAAUGGCUGGUGGCUGGAAAAGAAAGAAGUGGGUCUUUGGGAUGCUGGGUGUGAAGCACGCUCAACAACAAACCUCUACAAGGCCAAUUCUACGACUGGUAGAGAGAAGAACUCGAGGCCAUCUAGUCCCCUUGAUUGCUCACCAUGUGAAGGUUGGCUCAUCAGUUGUCAGCGACGAAUGGCGUGCCUACCGUGUACUCCCUGCACUAGGCUAUGAUCACCACACUGUCAACCACAGCAGGUGGUAUGUAGAUCCACACACUGGUGCCCAUACUCAGCACAUCGAGAGGGCCUGGAGAUCCUACAAGGAGCAGAUCUGGAGGCUCAGGGGCAAUCGUACUGAGACUUUGCUUUCUGACCAUCUUGCAGUGAUUGAGUGGAAUGAAUGGCUUGCAAAGAAACACCGUGAUGGCGCAUUUGGCAGGUUAAUUCAUGACAUUUCUCGAAAGUACAAGUAGUUAGAUUGGGGAGGGUGGUUAACAGUACAAAUUCAGUGUACAUACUGUAUGCCAGCUAUACUGUACUGGUCAAUAAGGUUGAUUGUUAUUUGUUCACUGUCACAACAAAGAGUGAUAUACAGGACUGUCUCAGAAAAUUAGAAUAUUGUGAUAAAGUUACAGAUUAAGAUU